AUGGCGGAGGACGGCGAGGGCACCUCUGGCGGAACGCCGGGAGGUUACAGCCACGCAGCGCUGAUCCAGAAGGGCAAGGAGAAGGAGAAGGAGCUGCUGGACAGGCUCAAGGAGUUUUUCGUGGAGAAGGGCCAGCCUCUGGAGGAGGGAUGGCGCGUGGAGGUCAAGAUUCGGGGCAGCGGCACAUCGCUGGGCACCACCGAUGCGUAUUACUUCUCGCCGGGCAACAAGCGCUACCGCUCGCGCAUGGAGAUUGCUCGCGACUUGGGUGUCGUGGAGGGCAAGGAGGGCAAGGGCAGCGGCAAGGGGCGCAGCCGCAUGGGCGAGGGCAGCGGCGGCGGCGCCGCCCCACCGCCGCUCACCCGCGAUGCCGCGAUCGCGGCGGCCCGCAAGCGGCGCCGGGAGUUUACCCUGCCACGCAAGCUGCCCUGCGGCGUGACGGUCAUCACCCUGGGUGGCCUGCACCCCGGCAGCACCGCCUUCUGCAACUCGGACCGGCUCUGGCCCGCUGGGUUCACUGCGGAGUGGGAGGAUGAGAAGGGGGUGCGCUUCAUCAACUCCAUCACCGAGACGCCCUCGGGGCCCAUGUUCAGGAUCAAGGCCCAGCGGCUGGCGCACGAGGGGCGUCCCGCCACCGAGGUGAUGGAGCUUGGGGCGGGCCCUACGCCAGACGAUGCCUACAAGGUGCUGCUGGGCCUGGGGCUGGGGCUGGUGGAUGCCGAGGAGCGGCAGCAGGAGGCGCUUGAGAUAGCGCUGCUCAACCGCAGCAUCAAGAACCGCGGCGCGCCCUCACAUGCGCACUAUGACGACCCAGAGGGCAGCCCAGUGGCGCCAGCUGGGCGCGCGCUGGACGGCGCCGAGCACCUGCUUGUCAAGUGCCGCCCGCUGAGCGCCCAGUGGGGCCUGGAGCGCUUUGGGCUGGCAGACCCCACGGUGCUGCAGGCCAUAGAGGGGCUCCCCGGCGCCGACCAGUGCCCCGGCUACGUGUUUGUGGAUGAGCGGCCGGGCGGCUGGGUGGCCGAGACUCGGCGCCUCAACGCUGAGCUGGCAGCGCACGGCAAGGCGCAGGUCCCUAUCGACACGCGGCGAAUGAGCGCCGAGGGCUCGGGGCCACGCAAGCGCCCGCCCAGGCCCAGCCGCAAGGAGGCCGAGGAGAACGCUGUGCGGAGGGUCAUAGACGGCAUCAUCAAGCAGGCGGAGAUGGAGGAGAUGCAGACGGGCUUCGCUGACCCGAGGAUGCGCAUGAAGCUGGACAAGGGGCGGGACCGCAGGCGGUCGGACCGAGACAAGCUCACCGACCUGCAGCGGCUGCAGCAGAAGGCGGCCUAUAUCGAGGCGCAGCGGCGGCAGGCGGAGCUCAACGCCACCGUGGAGGACACUGAGCUGCCGAACGCUGACGAGCCGCCGCCGGAGCCCUCGUUCAUCGCCACCGGACGCCUGCCACUGCACCAACAGGCAGUGCUGCUGGAGGCCUGGCAGUUUGUGAGCAGGUUUGGCGUGCCGCUGCUGAAGCUUGGGGAGGGCGAGCAGUUGCCCACUCUGCAGCAGCUGGAGUCGGCGCUGCUGGGAGAGGUGCCGCCAGCGCCGCCGCCGCCCCCGGCGCAGCAGGAGCAGCCGCUGUCUCCCACAGCGGGCGGCGGGCCGAUGGAGGGCGUGGAGGAGGAGCAGCAGGCUGCAGCGCCUCCCCCGGAUGCUGCGGUGCAGCUGCAGAUGGUGCUGCUCGAGUUUUUGGUGGGCGGCCUGUUCCAGGACACCGCCCAGGCCAUCAUCGGUGCCAACAGCGACAUCACGAUGGCCGAUUUGCGGGGCCCCGGCAAGCAUGCGCUGCAUCCACUGGCCAUCAAGCAGGAGACGUGGCAGGAGGCCGCCCGCCGCUACCUCACAGUGCUGGCCACCAGCGCUCUGACGCAGGCCAAAGACAGCGGGGCAGCAGGCGCCUCGUCGCUGUUGGCGGUAAUGGAUCCUUGGGUCAUUCUGCAGUACCUCACAGCAGGCCCCCCGGCCACCCUCGCGCAAGGCGCCGCCGCGCUGCCACGCGGCGCCAGCAAGACCGCUGGACACUCGGUGAUUGCGCGCGUCGACGCCGUCGCGGUGGCGGCAGCGCAUCGCGCAUUGGCCGAGGUGGAGGGGGGCGGCGGCAGCAAGAGCGAGGAGGAGCAGCGGCAGGAGCAGCAGCUGCUGCGGUGUUUGCUCAAGGACAUCAUCCAAGCCAGCAAGAUGAAGAAGGGCGAUGGGCGGGUGCUGUGCUACGGCGGCCAGGCAGCGGCAGCCGCCGCCAAGUUUGGGCGGCCCCUGGACUUCAAGUGCAUUGCGGCUCGCGUGGACGCCGGCGUGUACACCGCGCUGCCCGACCCGCUGGCCGCCUUUGCCGCCGACGUCAAGUAUGCGGCCUCGCUGUACCAGGCAGCCUGCAACAAGGCACACUCCCUGUUUGCCCAGGAGUACCUGGACAAGUCCGCCCCCGAGCUGGCCGCGCUGGCGGUGAGCAAGCUGGAGCAGGCGCUGAGGGAGAUUGAGGUGACGGGCGCCGCAGACUACGUGGCGCAGCAUGCGGCGCUGCCGCAGCAGCGUCGCGGGCCGCGCCCCACGCCCGAGCCUGGAGUCAAGGCGGAGGGCGGCGCGGCGCCCACGCCUGGCUCGGCGGCCUCGAGGGAAGCUUCUGUGGAGCCCAGCCAGCAGGCGGCGGCCGAGGACGGGCGGGGGCCCGCGGGGCUGGGCCAGCGCACGGCCACUGAUGCCGUGCGCGACCUGGACAGGCCCUUUGCGCCCUUCAAGGACCACGUGGCCAGCAGCUGGCGCGGGUGCCUGGUGUGCUGGAAUGACGACGACCCCGCCCGCCUGCUGCCCUGCGACACCUGCGACUGCCAGCAGCACAGCUACUGCCUAGAGCCGCCGCUGGAGGAGCUGCCGCUGCAGACGGAGCCCUUCCUGUGCCCGCGCUGCCUCAAGCUGCAAGGCCCCGGCGCGCUGAGCGGCGGCAAGCCUUUGACUGUGGAGUUUGCGCGGGCCAGCGGCGGCGACGCGACCUGGCGCCUGGCGCAGCUGCUGGCUACUAAGGAGUACAGCGAGUGGAGCGUGGAGGAUCGGUGCGCGCUGCUGCGCCUGCUGCUGUCGCUGUGCGCCGAGUCGGCGCGCCUCCACGACACGCUGCACGGCGAGGAGGACGAGGUCAAGGAUAAGAAGAAGGAGAUAGCCCAGCUGAAGACCGAGGUGAAGCGCCUGCAGUCAGAGAUGGCCGCCGCGCAGCAGCAGCAGCAGCAGCCGGCCGCGGGCGGCGGCGAGGGCGGCGGCGGGGACGCCGGCGCGCCGCCGGGCGCGGCGGCGCUGCCCCCGCUGCCGCCGCAAGCGUCGCGGCACAGCGCGCGGCGUGGGCGCGACCCCGCCGCCGAGAUCGAGGGCAUGGUGGAGCGCAUCAGCAAGCUGGAGCACGACAUCGCGCAGGCGAGGCUGUGUGUGGGCCCCGUGCGGCUGGAGCCGGUGGGUCUGGACCGGCAGUACAAUCGGUACUGGAUGCUGCCGGCAGCUGCCGCGGCACCCGACCCCUCGCUGGUGCCCCCCCACGCCCCGCCGCUGCUGGUGGUGGAGAGGCACUCGCUCGACUCAAUCGUUCCUGCCAGCGUGGAGGCAGCGGCGGCGGUGGUGAACGGCACCGGGGCAGGCGGCGGCGGCGGCGCCGGCGCCGGCCCCGCCGGCUGGCAGGUGGGCCUGUUCCACAGCAUCCUGCACCUGCAGCAGCUGGCGCAGUGGCUCAACCCCAAGGGCACGCGCGAGAAGCCGCUGGCGGCGCACGUCUCACUGCUGCUGGACCAGCACCAGCAGUUUGCGAUGCAGCACGCGCAGCUGCCGCGGGUGCCAGAGGCGGCAGAGGCAGAGCCGGUGGACCCGGAGGCGGCCAGGGCCUCCGCAGUGGCGCGCCUGCACCACGCUAUGCUGUCGUUUGAGGAGGGCAACCAGUCGGGGACGUACGACGAGCUGGCGGGCAGCGAGGAGCGGCGGCAGCGCUGGCGCGCCAUGGUGGCGGCCGCGCACACGCCCCAGGCACGUGCGCUCAUGGCUGCGCUGCUGGUGCUGGAGGGAAUGGUGCGGCCAGAGUACCUGAAGCCCCACUGGCGCCCCUUCUCCCAGCCCGCGCCGCAGCCCGCCGACAUCUGCACGCUGCCUGCUGUGUGGCUGCGCCUGGAGGCGCUGAAGACCAGCGUGAAGCUGAAGCUGACGCUCAACAUGCGGGUGUUGAAGGAGGCUAUGGGCGGCAGCCUGGUGCCGGGAGCAUGCGGAACGCGGUACAGCUUGCGCGAGCCCAAGCCGAUGCUCAAGCGCUUGUACUACGAAGGCCCCGACCCUACCUCACGCGCUGGCAGUGCCGACUCUGAUGGCGAGGACAACAAGGAGACGCGGGCGGAGCGGGCCGCCAAGCGCGCCAAGCAGCGUGAGACGACAGACGACGAGGCGGUUGCUCGGGAGCUGGAUGCGGAGCUGAACCCAGGGGCGCGCCGCACUCGCCAUCGCACCGCGCCCGCCCACCACGCCGACCACCAGGCGGGCUACGGCAAGGAGCUCCUCGAGGAGGAGUGGGAGGAGCAGGAUGACCAGGACGACAGUCCCGCCGAAGAGGACGUUGACAUGGAGUACGCGGGGUCAGACUGA